GAAUCAGGAAGGCUGGACAGGUACUUAUUGCGACAGCUCCCCAUUCGAUAUACUGCACUGCGCGAAAAUGUCGUCAGGGUAUGGUCAAUACGGCGGCGUCGGCCGCUGCUUUCCCUUCUGGCAGGAAGUGCUGGCUUGCUAUGUUGUCAACACAUCCGCGGAGAACGACGGUGCCGGCAAGAAGAAGUGCGCGGUAGCACUUGAAGACUACUAUGAGUGUCUGCAUCACAAGAAGGAGCAUGCGCGAGCAGUAGCUAUGCAAGCAGCCUAUAACCGACGAGGCGCCACGUCCGGAGAUGAUACGCCAUCCGCGAGCCAGAUCAGAAAUCUUGGUCUUCUGGGCAAGGAGGAGGACACAAAGAAAGUCAUUGGGGAGUCAUGAGGCAUGAUUUUGCGUCGGGGUGGAGUUGUAACGUUAACAUUGCCAAUCAAAACUUUCGACAAUUCCUCCACAUUACCUGUCGAGGUAUUGAGGAUCGCGCCAGACCGUUGAUAUAGACCAAGACGAUUUCUACAUGUGGUUGGUGCUCCGACGCGAAACCCUCGAACGGUCCGCGAUGGUCGGCGCAGGCUAGUGUUUCCAAGGCAUGGCAAAGUGGCCGCCACCGUUCAGCUGCGUAUUGUCCGUGUCAUUUCAG